AAUGCUUCAAAAUACUCAUCAAUGUAACAAAAUGCCCAGAAAAACAACUACAACAACAAUACCUUUAGGCCGCCCCUCAGUUACAUUUUCUGAUAUUGUUAUUAUGGAAGACGAUCAAAAAUGCCAAAAUAGAACCCCUCUAAAUGAAAAAACCCCUUUAUCAAUUGAUUUUGAAGAAGAAGAAGAAAAUAAUAAAAAUAAAAGAUGCUUAACUUAUUUUUGGAAUAUUUUUAAGGAAAAAAUAAAUGGAAAUGAUAAAAUAAUAAAAGAAGAUACUGGAAAAAUAAGAAUAAAUUUUUUUAUUUGGUGCGCGCCAAUACCACUAAUUGUAAAGGAAAAAUUUUUGUAUUAAAAAA